GAAAGAAAAAGACAGAGCUCUCUGAAGAGGAUGGAGUGAAUCACAUAUCCAAAAGCAAAAAAAAAGUAGAAGCAAAGUAACGGGACGGUAUUGUAAUACUGGAAUUAUAUUAAAGAAACGUUGAAAAAACAAAAUGGAACAACUCAUACAGAAUCAAAUGAUCUCUGCAGCAGUGCAGCUCGAAAAGCAUCUUGACAGUGAACUAGAUCGGCUGGAAAAUCUGAACACGGAUGAUUUGGACAAGCUGCGGGAACAGCGUAUUCAGCAGCUGAAGAAACAGGCGCAGCAGAGGCAGGAAUGGAAAAACAACGGACACGGCGAGUACUCUGAACUGGCGGAUGAGAAGGAAUUUUUUGCGAUAUCGAAAAAGUCGCCCAACAUCGUGUGCCAUUUCUAUCGCGACUCUACACCCCGUUGCCGAAUUGUCGAUAUGCAUCUGAAGAUACUGGCCACUAAGCAUUUGGAGGCGAAGUUUUGCAAGGUGAACGCUGAGCGUUGCCCUUUCCUCACAGAGCGUCUUCGCAUAAAGGUGAUACCGAGCAUUGCACUGAUAAAGGACAGCAAAACCAAGGACUACAUCGUGGGCUUUACCGAUUUGGGCAAUUGUGAUGACUUUAGCACCGAAAUGCUCGAGUGGCGCAUCGCACAAUCUGGCGCAAUCGAAUACAACGGUGAUCUUUUGACUCCACCGGAUGUCAAAAAGCAAAAGAAACCGACCCAAUUAAAAACGAUUCGCGGUGGUUACGAUUCGGAUGAUUCCGACAUUGACUUCGAUGAUUAAAAGCUCCAUUUCUUCGUGACCUGUGCGUUUCGGUGAGUUCUGAGCGAAAGACAUAAAAGGCAAUCGUUAGACGGAAUGUGUAUUACGUGUUGUCGAUGAAGGUGAGAGUGGAUCGGGCCAGACAUGGUCGAUUCCACGCCCCGCAAAUAAGUAUAAUUACAAAAUUGUAAUGUGACGUCGUUAACUAUUGCUUCGAUUUAUAACUAAAAUCUCUAGGACAUAAUACCGAAUAAUCAAAUUCUCUCCCCAUCAUGGGAUGAGAACGUCUUUUCUCACGUAGUGAGACGAACAAUCUUAUCGAGCGACGAAACAGAACGGUUGAUUAAUAGUUCCAUUUGAACCAUUUGAAGAAGAGAGCUUUUAUCGUUUUCCUUUCAAGAUAGGCAAAAUUUCACAGUAUUUAUUUAUGCUGUACUGCACGUAUUAAACCAUUAGGUUCGUCAUUAACAUUUCUCUAACCAAUAGUGCAGGAGCAAUAUCAUGCUAGGAAGUUGGCUUUUAACGUGCAUGGCAAUUAAGAAUCCAAUCAAUCAACACACGUAAAUUAUAAGUGUUGAAUGUUUGUUUCCCACGUUCGGAGCGAGAAACAUUCAUUUCAGUUUUGCAAAAGGUUUAAUUUGAUUUAGGUUAUUUUGGAUCGUAACAAGGAUACAAUUCUUAUGCUUACACUAACGUAAUGAUGUACUCUUUAUAGAAGGAAUAAAUCACCUGAAGAAGUGUUCUUCUAGUACUAUGAUUUUGUACAACGA